AUGAUGGAGCUCAAGCAAACCACCCCUAUCUGCCGCACGGCUGAUGAGACUGGAACAUGUCCUCCAAACCUCUGCUAUGUGUACUUCCUCACUGCUUUCGUCUCCAUCGGCGCGAUGCUCUUUGGAUAUGCGGAAAACAAUUGGGUGACGGGAGCGGUGGUGUCGCUUUACGAUAUCGGGUGCUUGGUUGGGGCCAUGUCGAUUGGAUAUCUCGCCGAUCGUUAUGGCCGCGGACGAAUGCUGACCAUUGCCAGCGUGGUCUUCGUGACAGGAGCAGUUGGGCAAUCGGCCUCCUACAAUAUCACGGCUAUCACUCUCGGCCGCGUGAUCCUCGGAUAUGGAGUGAGUACCUGCGCGGGAAGUGUUCCUCUUUACGUGUCCGAGAUCGCGCCGGCAAAGCUCCGGGGCCGUAUUAUCGGGAUCGAGCAGAUGAUUCUCUGUCUCGGCGAGCUCGCCACUUUCUGGCUGGAUUACGGCUUUAACUACCUCGAGACUCCCGGUUGGUGCCGUAUCCCUCUAGCCAUCCAGGUCUUGCCGGCGAUUCUGCUGGGAAUCGAGGUCCUCGCUCGACAUCACGGCGACGACUCGGCUAACUUACAAAUGGCCGAGAUCGCUGACGAGGUGGCCUUUGAAAAAGCGGUAGCGACGGCAACGUGGCAAGACAUGUUCAAGCGCCCCGUGUUAAGGGUUACCCUACUUGGUAUGGGCGUGCAGUUCUUCCAGCAAAUCGCCGGGACCAAUUCCAUUCUUUACUACACCCGUGGAGGCAUCACUGACCCGAAACUCGCCAAUCUCGCUACGGGUGGUAUUGGCAUUGUUCUCUUCGUCUCUGCCUGGGUUCCCAUGUUUGUCUUCGACCGCCUCGGGCGCAAGACACGGUUGCAGAUUGGCCUAGUCGGUAUGUGUUGUGCCAUGAUAGGCAUUGCCGUCCCGCACUGGGGCGUGGGCAGUUGGACAUAUGCGACGGAAAUUUCCCCGGCGAUGUACCGAGCAAAGGGCAAUGCGCUCUCGACCGCGAGCUUGUGGCUGAGUUGUUACACCGUCGCGCAAGCAGGUCCCCCGAUAGCCACGGCCAUCGGCCGGGGUCUUUACAUCAUCUACCCCGGCAUAUGCGUAUUUGCGUUUCUCUUCGUGCGAUACGCCAUGGUCGAAACAAAAGGGAAGACCCUUGAGGAGAUGUCCGCUAGGAGCGGUAUGGAUGUCAACAGUAAAAGGGUUGUCGCUGAAUACGACGAGGUUGUUCGAGAUGCCUAA